CAGAUGAAGAGGGCGGCCAGGAUGAAUCCUUAGAUUCCAAGAAAAGAAAGGCUUCGUGGAGGAAGUAACAUCUGAGUUGAAAUUUGAAGAAAGUCAGUGUUAGGCAGGUGAUGAAGACAAUGUGAUGAACACAAGUGGAAGCCAGUAGAGAUGAGCACAUUCAGGGACCUGAAGGAUAUAUAUCUGGAUUAUGAAAAGUUCUUUGCCAUCAGAUGAGUCGGUAAAGGAUCACAGCACGGCAGGCAGAGUAGUCGCUGGUCAGAUCUUUCUUGAUUCAGAAGAAUCAGAGUUGGAAUUACCUAUUCAGGAGGAGGAAGACAGCCUCAGGAGCCAAGAAGGGGAAGGUGGCACAGAAGAAAUCAGCUUUCUAGAAUCUUCAAAUUCAGAAAACAAGGAUUAUGAAGAACCCACGAAAGUACGGAAACCAGCUUUGACCGCCAUUGAAGGCACAGCACAUGGGGAGCCCUGUCACUUCCCUUUUCUUUUCCUGGAUAAGGAAUAUGAUGAGUGUACAUCAGAUGGGAGGGAAGAUGGCAGGCUGUGGUGUGCUACAACCUAUGACUACAAGGCAGAUGAAAAGUGGGGCUUCUGUGAAACUGAAGAAGAAGCUACUAAAAGACGGCAAAUGCAGGAAGCAGAAAUGAUGUACCAGACUGGGAUGAAAAUCCUCCAUGGAAGCAAUAAGAAAAGCCAAAAAAGAGAAGCAUAUCGGUAUCUUCAAAAGGCAGCGAGCAUGAACCACACCAAGGCCCUGGAGAGAGUGUCAUAUGCUCUUUUGUUUGGUGACUACCUGACACAGAACAUCCAGGCAGCUAAAGAGAUGUUUGAGAAGUUGACCGAGGAAGGCUCUCCCAAGGGACAGACUGCUCUUGGCUUUCUCUAUGCCUCUGGACUUGGUGUUAACUCAAGUCAAGCAAAGGCCCUUGUAUAUUAUACUUUUGGAUCGCUUGGGGGCAACCUAAUAGCCCACAUGAUUUUGGGUUACCGAUACUGGGCCGGCAUCGGAGUCCUCCAGAGCUGUGAAUCCGCACUGACUCAUUACCGUCUCGUUGCUAAUCAUGUUGCUAGUGAUAUCUCACUGACAGGAGGCUCAGUAGUACAGAGGAUACGGCUGCCGGACGAGGUGGAAAAUCCAGGCAUGAACAGUGGAAUGCUAGAGGAAGAUUUGAUUCAGUAUUACCAGUUCCUAGCUGAAAAGGGUGAUGUACAAGCACAGGUCGGUCUGGGACAGCUGCACCUGCACGGGGGGCGUGGAGUGGAGCAGAAUCAUCAGAGAGCAUUUGACUACUUCAAUUUAGCAGCGAAUGCCGGCAAUUCACAUGCUAUGGCCUUCUUGGGAAAGAUGUAUUCAGAGGGAAGUGAUAUUGUACCUCAGAGUAAUGAGACAGCCCUUCACUACUUUAAGAAAGCUGCUGACAUGGGCAACCCAGUUGGACAGAGUGGGCUUGGAAUGGCUUACCUCUACGGGAGAGGAGUUCAAGUUAAUUAUGAUCUGGCACUGAAGUAUUUCCAGAAAGCUGCUGAACAAGGCUGGGUGGAUGGGCAACUCCAGCUUGGCUCCAUGUACUAUAAUGGCAUUGGAGUCAAGAGGGAUUAUAAACAGGCCUUGAAGUAUUUUAACUUAGCGUCUCAGGGAGGCCACAUCUUGGCCUUCUAUAACCUCGCGCAGAUGCACGCCAGCGGCACAGGUGUCAUGCGGUCGUGCCACAAUGCCGUGGAGUUGUUUAAGAACGUAUGUGAACGGGGCCGUUGGUCCGAGAGGCUUAUGACCGCCUAUAACAGCUAUAAAGACGGUGACUACAAUGCCGCAGUGAUCCAGUACCUCCUGCUGGCUGAACAAGGCUAUGAAGUGGCCCAGAGCAACGCCGCCUUCAUUCUCGACCAGAGAGAAGCCACGAUCGUCGGGGAGAAUGAAACGUACCCCCGAGCUUUGCUGCACUGGAACAGGGCCGCCUCGCAAGGCUAUACUGUGGCUAGAAUUAAGCUUGGAGACUACCAUUUCUAUGGAUUUGGCACUGACGUUGAUUACGAGACUGCGUUUAUUCAUUAUCGUCUAGCAUCUGAGCAGCAGCAUAGUGCACAAGCUAUGUUCAAUCUGGGAUACAUGCAUGAGAAGGGACUGGGCAUCAAGCAGGAUAUUCACCUUGCCAAACGUUUCUAUGACAUGGCAGCCGAAGCCAGCCCAGAUGCACAAGUACCAGUCUUCCUGGCGCUCUGCAAACUGGGUGUCGUCUAUUUCUUGCAGUACAUACGGGAAACAAAUAUUCGAGAUAUAUUCACCCAGCUUGAUAUGGACCAGCUUUUGGGACCCGAGUGGGACCUUUACCUCAUGACUAUCAUUGCGUUGCUGCUGGGCACAGUCAUAGCGUACAGGCAGAGGCAGCACCAAGACAUGCCUGGACCCAGGCCACCAGGGCCACGGCCGGCACCACCGCAGCAGGACGGACCGCCAGAGCAACAGCCACCACAGUAACAGCCACCGUGUCCAGCCUCGAACAGUGACAACCAAGGCAGUUGUUUGCAGAGAACACCUGCGUUUGAUUUGGGACAUUGGCUCAGUGGCCACCUCCUGGAAGAGGCACAAGGAAGCAUUGAAUUCCUAAAGCUGCUUAGAACAUGAUGCCUUUAUUUUCAGGGAUAAGUGACUCUUACCUAAACAGAGUUGAAUUUCAGUGCUGUUUGGAAUAACAGCACUCUGUGGCUUUCCUUUUUUUUUUUUGUUCUGGAAACAUACGUGAGACACUCAGAGUAACAUCUACUGUAUCCAGCUGUCUUUCUUGGGUCCUUUUAGUCAUUCUCUCAACAUGCAUAAGUUCUGCGAUCAACCAUCUUUAAGGUCUUGUGUAUUGACACUAAAAACUGAUAAAUGGGAAAGGAAAACCCAAUUAGUUGCAGGUUUAACCGUGACACGUUUGGAAGUCUGGAAAUAGAACUUGCCUUUUAAGUAAAAAAAAAAAGUCUUCAGAGUGUUUCAAAAUGGCCACAACACAAACUUUUACCAAUCCACAUGCAAGUAUACUACUCAGUACAUUUGUUGUUUUCAAGGGGAAGGAAGGGAGGUUCCUAACUCCUGGUGACUGUCGUACUUUAUACCACCCUUCUCUCCUUCAGAGACUGAAAGGGCUUGUUACAGAGUUGUGUGUGAACUUUAUUUUUGGGGAAUGGAGUACCUAUAAAACAUUGUGAACUGACUCCUUGAGCUACUGUGCAUUUGCCCAACCUACUUCCUUCAUGUGUUUUGCUUGUUGGUUUUGAGUACACAGAGUACACAGAGCCUUGAUCUGGAAGCCAGAGGCUGGACUGAUGGGGGAAAUUAGAAAGCAACAUUAUAGAACCCUGUGAGGGAUGCCAGGGUCAUAGAUACCCUGCCCCAAAAGUUGACGCAGUUGUUCCCAGGAUUUAUUUAGUUUGCAUUACUUACUGCAAAAGAACAGAUCACUUCCUGAAUUCUUUAAGUAUGAAGUAUUAUUGCCAAGAUACAGGAUACAGCAACUACCAUUAUGAAGCUGAGACAGGGAAUCUAAGGUGUAUGAAACUCAGUGGUUGAGGAAAGCCAAAGUCUGUUCAUACUGUUCAGGUGGAUUUUUCCUUCUGCAGUUUUAUGUGAUGGUAGAAAGUCAGCCACUUGCUUAGCUAUCGUAUCACUACCCUCGCUCUGUGAACACUAGGAAAAUCAAGGCUAGUUGUCUUAGACCUUUCUGGUUAAAUUGUAUAGAAAACAGCAAUGAAGAAAACUGGAGAACUUGGCAUAUCAUACAGAUGAAACAGUUAAUUGGAAUUUGUAUUUCUUUUCAUUGUCAGAUGGUGGUGUUCACCAGCCUAUAUCUAGUCUGAGACCACAUUUGUAGCUGAGCACGCUUUCUCGGCCCACUGACCUCAUAUGCUCCUUUUCCAUAAUUCCUCAUCUGCCAGAAAACUUGAAGAGUGGCAAGACUUAGGUUCUUGAAGUUGGAAUUGUAUUUAGCAUUAGAUUUAAAUGUGAAGUUGUAUGCAUUUUUUGUUUAGAGUAUAAUUGCCUUCAAAUUUGAAGUGGUCACAACGAGAACCAUUUGUCUAAAAGCAUAUCUGAAAGGCAGGAAAUGUUACCCUCAAAAAGUAUAACGCCAUUUUGGGCAGCUCUUGUAAAUAUUACAACAUGUUUGAUCUCUUACACUCAGAGAUUUGAGUGUAGUUGAUAGGAUAUGUGGGGGUCGUUACUGCCCUUUCUCCCCACCCUUCAGAAUCGGCAUGAUCCACACUUCAAACAGGAACUGUUUUAGUUGAUUUAAAGUUUUAAAACCUCUAAGAUGACCAAACUUCCCUUUUUUUCCCUCUGUCAUCCACCUAAUUUCUUCUUUACCGCAGCAUUUUUAUCUCUAUCUUUACUUCCUCCUGUCAAAUUUGAAAAAACGUGUCAUAUGGCAGCGUGCACUGGGAAGGGCGGUCGUGUUCCUCACCAGCACAAGCUUCCUGUCUGCUCGCCCCUUGCCACGUCCUUUUUAUUGUGUAUGUUCUAAAUACCCCACUCUUGGCUUUUUUCCAGUUCCUAUUUUACCCUAGGUCUUUUGCUACUGGAAAAUUGAACGGUAUAUUUAAAAUAACUUAGUUCCUGUGGUUUUGUGACAUCAGUCCUUAUGACUGUCUCAAGAUACUCUGCCCCCUUCUCACGAUACCCAAGCCAGUAGGAACUGGGUUUGAUGUUUCUCCUAAAAUAAUCUCGAUAUUUAACCUAAUCAAAUGGUAUCCAUUUGAAUAAAAUGACAGUAAGUAAGUAAAGCUAGUUAGUGUCAGUGACAUUAAACUAACUUCAGGAUUCAGGAGUUUCAAUGUUAGCAAAUAGAGUUAGCAGGUAGAGUGCAGCUCCAUCUCCAUGGUAGCCCCUCGCUCCUGCCCUGUCUUCUCGUCUGGCUUCUGCCUUUAGAGGUGACGACAGCAUAACUGUUUAGCCGAUACUCGCUCGUGCAUUUGUGGUGGUUCACUCAACUGUUUCAGAGUCUUGAGAGCGUUUCACUUCCAUUUCUUUCUGCAAAGGUAGCAUUGAUUGAUGUUUGGAGGUUUUCUUUCUGUGUUUGAAGUUUUUGUUUUCUGAGUGAGGCUUAUCUUAGUUUUGGUUACUAUUCAAGGGCACAGAAAAAGUAAUUCAAAACUCCUAUUUCUCAGAGUUCAUUAUUUAACACUUAAAUAAGAUGAACUUGUAUUAAUCUUAAUACUCUUGACAAUGUGUUACCCUUAUGCACAUAAGUUUAAUUGGUGAAUUUUACUGAUGAGCUGUUUUAUCUCAGUACCACUGGGAAGUUGUAGAAGCUUUAACUUGUGAUCUGGCAAUGAUCUGAUGCUUUAUUUAAUUAAAGAGCUGCUGUUGCCUCCAGGAAACUUAAGUAUUUCGCAUAGGAUUUUUUUUUGCUUUUUUUUUUGCUUUUUGCUUUGUUUUUUCCUCCUUUGCUCCUCAUAUUUGUUCUUCAAACCGGUGUUUUGGAGGUAUGCAUGCAAGCCUAUUAAUGAAGACCACAACUCUUCGUGUGUGUAGCAUGUGUUUUAUUGUCUGGCUACAUCUGCAAAACACUUCCUGUACAGAGGUUUGGACUAACAUUUCACAUGCACAUUUCAAAAUAAAAUGCUUCAGAUGAAACAGGCCCUUUACCUGCCAGGAAAGGCAACUGGGCUGCCUUUGCCCCACUGAAAUCUAGUAUUUGUUUUGAAAGUGAAUUUAAUACAUGUUGCACAAUUAUUAUGACUAGAGGUGUUCAAGGAAUAAUCAAAGCAAAAGAAACUUCUAUUUUCAUGAAGAUAUUUUUUAUCAGUCAUUGCUCUCAAGUAUAAAUGAAAACAUAAAAUUCCUGAAUACCAUGUUGUCUGAGGUACUACCUGAUUUUUAAUGUAUAUAAGUCAUUGAAAAGAAGCAAAAAUUCUCCUUCCACUUGGUAUUUCAAGAAGACUUAAAAUAUCCCAAGAAGGUUUGUAUUUUAAAGUGACUAUUUGCACAAGUAAACACCUGAUUUUAUAUGCAUGACAAGGACGUCUUGGUUGUGUGCAAGGAGUCAUCUCACAGGUGCUGUUUUCCUAUCGGAAUGACCAGCAAGCUGACACUAUUCUCUGAUUUAAAAAAAAGAAAAAAAGAAAGAAAUCAAUGUUGAAACGAUCAAGGUGUAACCACUAUCAAUAUUUAGGGGAAGUUUUGAAAGACCAUAAGCUGGCAUUGGAAAGAGCACCAUGGUAGACAUUUUGUAAAUUUAUUUUGUAUUUAAUUAAAUACGGUAUAAAGGCUGGUGAAGUGUAAUAUAAUUGUGUAAACAAAUCCUGUUAAUAGAGAGAUGUACAGAUUUGUUUUGUACUGUAUCUUGAACCUUGUGAAAUAAAGA